AUGAAGUUUCUUAUCGUUUGUGCUGCACUAUUGGGUCUUGCGGCCGCUGUCCCAAAUGCACACUUUAAAAACGCCGUUAGAGACAGUGAUGCAUGUAACGGUGUACAGUGUGAGGGCACUACUCCUUCUACCGGCACUCAUCCUCCCUCUCGGCCCCCCACAAAAGCACGCUCUGAUGAAGCCGCCAUGGAGAAGCGGGUAAAUCACUCGCUUCAGUAUGCAGACCGUGCUGCUUUAAUGGCAGGCAUCCGCUGGCUCGCACACCUCGUUGUAGUGGAAGACGUUGAGCUCCACUGCGAAGUGGUUUCAUAUCCAGCCUCCACCCAACGACUCUCGACACCUAUUUACGCAAAGUAG